UACAGGUAUUCUGAAGUUGUCAACGUAGUUGAAUUAAAAUUUGCUAUUGGAGAGUCAUCUUUUCAGGUUUAGUUCACACACUUCCUGUAUUUUCUGUUUACAAAAUAAACCAUCAUUUUGUUCCCUUACUUGUUUCGGUCUGACCGAUGAUACUUUCAGGAAUGGAUCCUUAAACUGGUUUGUAUUUACGAACCCUGUCCGUGCUUAGGUGUGCCCUAAUCUAAUAGGCCUGUUUCAGCUGCUACUGAUGACAAAGCAAUGAAAGGCUGUCCUCUUAAGCCAAUUUUGGCAUCUUUCCUGGAAUGGAGGUUCUCGCUUCUGAGUGGUCGGUGCCAAAAAUAGAGAUGUUAGUGGAUGAGCGAGGGAACACUUGUAUCUCCUUUCAGAGGCAUUGCAACACUGUUUACACUUCCGUCCCAAGCUUUACCUAUUUACCUAGUUUGAGAAUGUCUUGUCUCUUAUCAGGGAUUAGCGUCACUACUACUGUCUUGUGGAUUUGGAUAUUUUACUGGCUGUAAUCAGGGGUGCUUCCCUCAUGUACCUACGUUUGGAAGUAGGCAGAAGGUGGCAGCCAUGAAAGCCUGGACCCAGGAUAUGUGCAGCGGGUCACAGACCCAAUCUGAGGCAUCCCUGAACCUGAAAGCCCCAUCUGGGACAGAGGUCAAGAUGCAGAUGAAAAAGGAGAUUUCCCUGGUGAACGGUGUUUGCCUCAUUGUGGGCAACAUGAUUGGCUCGGGCAUUUUUGUGUCCCCCAAAGGGGUGCUGAUGUUCAGUACCUCUUACGGCCUGUCAUUGCUCAUAUGGGCUCUAGGGGGCAUUUUCUCCAUGUUCGGGGCACUUUGCUAUGCUGAGCUGGGCACGACCAUCAUCAAGUCAGGUGCAAGUUACGCCUACAUCCUGGAGUCUUUUGGCGGAUUUUUGGCCUUUAUCCGUCUGUGGACAUCCAUCCUUCUUAUCGAACCGGCCAGCCAGGCUGUCAUUGCCCUCACCUUUGCCAAUUACCUGGUUGAAGGUCUCUACCCCACCUGCCAGCCUCCCUACGAUGCUGUAAGGCUCAUCGCUGCUGCCUGCAUCUGCAUGCUGGUCUUCAUUAACUGUGCCUGCGUGAAGUGGGGCACCAGGGUUCAGGACCUCUUCACCUACACCAAGCUCGUCUCCCUUUUUGUCAUAAUUGCUAUGGGCAUCCUGAAGAUAGUGCAAGGUGAGACGCAGAAUUUCAGCAAGCCAUUCGAAGGUGCUUCCACAGAUCCUGGAAGCAUCGCUCUGGCCCUGUAUUCCGCCCUCUUCUCGUACUCCGGUUGGGACACCCUCAAUUUUGUCACAGAAGAAAUUCAGAACCCAGAGAGGAACCUGCCUCUGGCCAUUGCCAUAUCCAUGCCCAUAGUCACCAUCAUCUAUCUGCUGACCAACGUGGCGUACUAUGUAGCGCUUGAUAUGUCUUCCUUGCUGGCCAGUGAUGCAGUUGCAGUGACUUUUGGGAACGAGGUGCUUGGACCGUUGAAGUGGACCAUUCCCAUCUCUGUGGCGAUGUCCUGCUAUGGGGGGCUGAAUGCCUCCGUCAUUGCAGCCUCCAGGCUUUUCUUCGUGGGUGCCAGAGAAGGCCAUCUGCCUCGCAGCCUCAGCCUUAUCCAUGCCGAGCGCUUUACCCCCGUGCCGGCCCUCAUUUUCAAUGGAAUAAUGGGGCUGAUCUUCCUCUGUGUGGAAGACGUCUUCCAGCUUAUUAACUACUUCAGCUUCAGUUACUGGCUGUUUGUAGGCCUGUCCGUGGCUGGACAGAUCUACCUGCGCAUCACACAGCCCGACAGACACAGGCCUGUCAAGCUGACUUUGCUGUUUCCCUGCAUCUACUGCCUGUGCAGUUUGUUUCUCAUCAUUGUCCCUCUGUACUGGGACACCAUCAAUUCCCUCAUUGGUGUGGCCAUCGCCCUGUCUGGAGUUCCCGUUUACUAUUUUGGGAUUUACCUCCCUGAAGACAGGCGGCCCAGCUUCCUCAAUCAACUGAAUGAUGCCUUCACUCGAUACUGCCAGAUUCUGGGCUACUGCUGUCUGACAGAGUUGGACACGGAGCCUGAGAUGAUGUACGACAGCAAGGCCAAAUGACAUUAACGCCCCCCUUCAGAGACAGCUUUGGCACUGCCUUCCUAAUAUGACAGGUUCUCACAAGGUGCCUCAGUGCCAGAACGGGAGAAAAUGAAAGUGUGUUAGAGUGACUUUUGGUUCCAUGAAUUUUGAGUAGCAGUUGCGUAAGUUCUUUGUUUUACUGAUGGACACUAGAGGACAUUCGGUUCUUGUGGUUUAAAUUCCAUACCUCAUUUCUUACCAAUGAAAGGAGGAGAUGAAUGAACACUCCAUUUUGUCCAAAUUGUAUUCAAAGAUAUAUGCUAUGUGACCUUUAGAGGGCAGCAGAGGCAGGCUAACUGCUGCAAAUAUGCAGUGAUUACUUGUGUUAUUACAUUACCAUACAUAUAUUUAGAACACAGCUUUAUCCAACGCAAUGAAAACAGGGUCAGCCAGUCCGUGGAGUAAUUAGGGUAAAGGGCCUUGCUGGAGAUUCCAAUGGUGACAUCAUUCUGCCAGGGGAUUUUCCAGUCACGGGCUAGUCUUAACUCACAGGGCCAAACACCGCCCCCACAUGCUGCUGUAUUUUAUAAAGGACUAUCAACAAGUAUGUAAUAUAAGCAUAAUUCCUGGUGCAAAAUGAAUAUGAAAGACCACAUGAUUCCAGAUGGUGCGCGUUUUUUGCUCACUUUAACAGAUGCAUUGUGUUUGCUUGCCAAAGCAGUGAAUCGAUAUGCAUUUGAGAUGGUGAAACAGACUAGUGGUGAACAAACCUUUGCACACUGAAUUAGAAACACAUCUUUAUAUGACAGUAUUACUCAAAAUGACUUGUGAGUGUAUGAAUGUAAUAGCAUUUCUGUGUUUUUGAUGUAUGUGAUUAUGAAGUUAAAUAUAAUGAGUUUGCAGGUACAUAAUGACGCAUGCAAAGAUACUCAAUUUUUUUAUGCAGAGGAUGCAUAUUACAUUUAGUAGCAGCAUUAUAAUUUUAAGCGCAUAAAGGACAAAAUCACGCGGACAUGGCAAUAGUCACUGGUGUGGAAUAUUUGAAAUCACUGCAAUCACUACAUGAAACAACGAAGAUGGUGAAAGAAAACAAAAAUUCUGGCUUUCCAAUAAAACUAUAUUCCAAUCUGCACUGGACACAUCAACCUUAAAGAAAGAAAUGUUUACUUGGGGGGGCGGCAUGGGACCCCUCUGCGGCACACCUCUGAGACCCGGGUUCGAGUCUCCGCCUGGGUCACAUGGGUGUGGAGUUUGCAUGUUCUCCCCAUGUCGUCGUGGGGUUUCCUCCGGGUACUCCGGUUUCCCCCCAAUGUCCAAAAACAUGCUGAGGCUAUUUGGAGUUGCUAAAUUACCUGUAGGUGUGCAUGUGAGAGUGAAUGGUGUGUGAGUGUGCCCUGUGAUGGGCUGGCCCCCCAUCCUGGGUUGUUCCCUGCCUCGUGCCCAUUGCUUCCGGGAUAGGCUCUGGACCCCCCGCGACCCAGUAGGAUAAGCGGUUUGUAAAAUGGAUGGAUGGAUGUUUACUUGGGUCAGGAUCCAUGUUUGAAGUGGGUCGGUAGUAUCAACACCUUUGUUUUUCUGUUCAGAGAACCAGUACCUCUCAAUAUGUGGUGGUACUGAAUAACAAGGGGAGUAUUGGCACCUGGAAGUGAAUAACAAGGGGAGUAUUGACACCUCGUACUGAAUAACAAGGGGAGUACCAGCACCUGGUACUAAAUAACAAGGGGAGUACCAGCACCUGGUACUAAAUAACAAGGGGAGUACCAGCACCUGGUACUAAAUAACAAGGGGAGUACCAGCACCUGGUACUAAAUAACAAGGGGAGUACCAGCACCUGGUACUGAAUAACAAGGGGAGUACCAGCACCUGGUACUGAAUAACAAGGGGAGUACCAGCACCUGGUACUGAAUAACAAGGGGAGUACCAGCACCUGAUACUGAAUAACAAGGGGAGUACCGACACCUCGUACUGAAUAACAAGGGGAGUAUUGGCACCUGGAAGUGAAUAACAAGGGGAGUAUUGGCACCUGGAAGUGAAUAACAAGGGGAGUACCAGCACCUGGUACUGAAUAACAAGGGGAGUACCAGCACCUGGUACUGAAUAACAAGGGGAGUACCGACACCUUGCACUGAAUAACAAGGGGAGUACCGACACCUCGCACUGAAUAACAAGGGGAGUACCGACACCUCGCACUGAAUAACAAGGGGAGUACAGACACCUCGCACUGAAUAACAAGGGGAGUACCGGCACCCUGUACUGAAUAAUAAGGGGAGUAUUGGCACCUGGAAGUGAAUAACAAGGGGAGUACCAGCACCUGGAAGUGAAUAACAAGGGGAGUACCAGUACCUGGGAUUGAAUAACAAGGGGAGUACCAGCACCUAGUAAUUAAUAACAAGGGGAGUACCGGCACCUGGUACUGAAUGAUGACCAGCACCUAUUUUUCCCCAUAUCAAGCACUGGUCAGGAUCCCUGUGUUGUAAAGCUUUAGAAGAGAGGUAUAGUUUAGUACCAGGUUUAGUAGGUAUGUUUGAACAUGGCAAUCUGCAAACUGUGUUGCAUUCUGGUUCUCCAGAACCGGAAUUAGAGAAGCCUGCAUUAGAAGCUUUAAACGGACACCAUUCACACCUAUGGAAAAUUCUGUUGCUUCGAUUCACCCUCGCAUUGUAUCGUAUUGUAAUAAAACUUACAAAAUACAAUAAUUAGCAGUGAACAUUUAACUUAGUUAACAUCUGCUUUGAUGUGAAUGAUAACGUAAAAUAGUUUGUCGGUUUAAUAAAAUUCCUGGAAGGCAAAUCGCA